AUGGCUUCUGAAGAUUGGACUGCUGUAUAUUCAGCACUGGAUGUGGAUGAGAAAGUAUCAGCUUAUAACUCCAUUAUAAUCAAGAUGCUUGACGAGUUCUUACCCGAAAAAACCAUCAGAGUACAUCACUCUGAUAAACCGUGGAUCACCGGUAAUAUUAAAAUGCAAAUCAAAGCUCGUCAGAAGGCCUUUUCUCGUGGUGAUCAGCCAAGAUACAAACAACUAUGCGAGAAAGUGGCAAAUCUUAUAGCUAAAGCUAAAGCCACCUACUAUCGGUCCAAGGCCUCAGAAUUUCGUAUCUCGAAUCAAUCGAAGUGGUAUAACUGUAUCUACUCUUUAGUAAAUGCCGAAAACACAACCCAUACCCAAUUCCACACAGGCCCGAAAGCCUAGACUUAUCCGACUUAGUUGAAAAACUUCAGAAAGCCUUCACUAAACCAUGGUCAGACCGUUACACGAAUGUCGCCUUUGAAAUACCUGAAGUGAUCCACCCACAUAAGAAUAACAAACCACCCCUUCCUUCUAUUGGCCAAGUUAAAGCGGUCUUAAAACAUCUUAAUCCAAGAAAAGCAACUGGCAUUGAUAAGGUUCCUGCAUGGAUGCUCAAACAAUACCACGAAGACCUAGCUCCUGUGGUUUAUGACAUUGUGUGCUGUAGUACAAGUCAAUGUUGUUAUCCAUCACUCUACAAACAUGCCCUAAUUUCCCCUGUUCCUAAAGUGCAACCACCGAGAGACAUUAACAAUGAUUUCCGCCAGAUAUCAGUCUUACCCCAUCUUGCCAAGGAUCCUGGAAAAGAUCCAGCUCCAGUUAAAUAUUGA